AUGGCUCCCCCACCUUCCGCUGCUUUGCCGUUACAGCAAAGGCUUAUACAACUCGCGCAGACAUUGCAAUUUGCUUGGUUCGUCGGACAUCUAUCCCUCCUUUUCUGUAUCUUUAGAUAUGGUCUUUCAUACAUAACUUUCAACUAUUACUCGAGAUGGGCUACGUUUUCUUAUCGUACCGCCUUCAUCUCUGCGGCUGUCACCUAUGGCAUCGUGGUUUAUAAGGCAUUCCGUGCUCGCGCCAGAGCUGGAAGAGCAAACCAAGCUGGGUUGAUCUCUCUCAUUGCUGAUGAAAAUGUUCAAUAUUUGGCUAUGGCACUCGUAUGGCUCUUCUCCAAACAAUACCCUCUUGCCAUGCUUCCAUUCGGUGUCUACUCUGUCUUCCACGUCGCAACUUACACCCGUACCAACCUUAUCCCAACUCUUCAACCAGCUCCACAAAGUAGCGACCCUAAGGCUGCUCCCAAGCCAAACGCUAUGGCCGAUACUAUCGGCAAGUUCGUCAAGGAAUACUAUGACGCAUCUAUGGGACUUGUUGCUCUUCUUGAGAUUGUCCUCUGGGGUCGUAUCGCCCUCUCUGCUAUCGCAUUCCAAUCGGGUGCCUGGAUCUUAAUUGUUAUCUACACUGCAUUCCUUCGCUCAAGAUUUGCCCAAAGCGCAUUUGUCCAAGCACAAUUCAGACAAUUGGAGUCAAGGGUUGAUAGUCUUGUCGGUGCUCAAUCUACUCCUCCAGCAGCAAGACAAGUUUGGGAAGGUCUCAAGGGUGGUGCUAGAGCUUUCCACGAUGCCACCGACAUUGGAAAGUAUGUUGGUGGUGCCCCCCCAGCUCAAAAGAAGACUUCAUAA